AUGCCGGUAAUUAACGCCAUUUACUCGUGUGAAUUAACAGCACAAUUUACUAAAGAAGAAACUAUAGAGGAGAAUCAGACUUUAUAUAUCCAAGGAGUCACAACAGACAGCACAACAUCAAGAAGUCUCUUAGCACAAUAUGGUACCAUUUCAAGUUUCACACAGAAAAAGGUCAAAAGAGGUGGUGACACGUCAUACAUUCUAACGACGUAUACGACUUUGGACUCUGCAAAGCGCGCAAUGACCUCCUUAGAGAACACGCGAACGUUUGGCCCAUAUUCAGUGGUGAAGUACUCUGAUAAGAAGAAGGAGAAACACAAAACAAGUAAUAUAAUACUGUCACCAUCUUUAACAACUCAACAACCCGUUAAAAUAGGACGGGUGCGUUCUACUAAAAGUAACAGCAAACAAAGUGUAUGCACUAAUGAAACAGCUAAGUCUUCUUUGUAUCAACCAGUAUCUCUAGUACAACAAGUUCCUCAACAGUUCAAUCAAUAUGAAGAAGUAAAUACAAGUCAAGUUCAUAACUUUGAUUUUAAUCAACAAAUUUUGAUGGAAAAGACGUCUUUUUUGAAAGAAGAAAAGCGCGAAUGUAUUUUUAAGACACCAGAAAAUGAGUAUUUCAAUGCACAUAAAUUGUAUGUCACAGAAGUCACCUGUGAUGUCGUCAAAGUCUAUUUGGAAGAAAUGACAGGACUGAAAUGGGACGUCAAAGUCUUAAACGAUGAGUGCUUCCAAAUUACAUCACAUCAAAAGUGCGACGACCAAUUUUUGAAUGACAUUUGCGAUUAUAAAAAUUGGUUUGUGUGUGACUUUGAGGAAUUAAAAAAUCCUCAAGCAAAUUUGUGUGGAAAUUUUUCGUUAAAAGAAGAACAAAACUCGUCUUGUGAAUUAAAAGAAGAAAAAGAAAAAGUCCAAAUGACUGAAAGACAUUUCUUAUAUCUUAUUAAUACUGAAAUUAAACAAAAUAGUUUAAUUGAACUCUUUGAAGAUCAAAGUGUAGGAUAUGUAGAUAUUAAAGAUACUGUCAAUGGAGUAGUUGUGGAAGUCAAGAACAAAGAGGAGGAACAAGAAGUUACUGAAUUUCUCUUGUUAUUUGGCAUUGAAUGUCAGCGAGUGAGUGACCCGAGUCUAUUACAGUGCUUUAAGAGUCCAAAAGAAAGACUUUGUAACACUACAAAUGAAGAAUUCAAGUUGGAAGUAAGUAACUGUGAGGAGUUACAAUAUGAAGAUGUCUGUUUACACGAAGAAAAAGACAUUGAAAGAGAGAAGACCACUUUCUCGUGUGAAAUUUGCUAUGAGGACGUAGAAGAGUCUGAGGCGUUUACUUUCACGCCAUGUCAACAUAAGUAUUGUAAAUCAUGUGUAUUAAGUCUGUGUAAAGAACGAGUAAAUAGUCUGCAAGAGAUCUUCUGUCCACAUGAGAAGUGUCACUGCCCACUUGAAGGGGACAAAUUAUAUACACUUGACUAUCAAACGGCAGAGAAGUAUAAUGUAGUACUCUUCAGACUGUACGUCCUCCGCUCAGACAAUUUGAUCUUCUGUCCCAUUCCAAAUUGUAAUGGCGUACUCGAAAAGGUGGAGAAGACUAAUCAAGUGACUUGCCCCGAGUGCCAGAACACGUUCUGUUUUAAAUGCCGAGAAAUGUGGCACAAAGACUUCACCUGUGAACAGGCUAAAUCACUCCAAAGAAGUGACUUGACUGACAAGGAAAUCGCUCAAAUCAUGGCAAAGAAGUGUCCACGUUGUAAAAUGUAUAUCUCGAAGGAAAAUGGGUGUAAUACUAUCACUUGUAAAUGUGGCUGUAUCUUCUGCUGGACUUGUGGAAAGGAUGUGACUAACGACGACACACAUUUCUCAAGAAAUGUCUGUAAGAUGUAUGACUGA